AUGAGCCAUCGAGGAUGGUGGUUCAAACGCGAGGAUGGCCAUACACACAGCCUCGAAGAAGCAGAAGAGUUCGAGCUCUUGGAUGACGUUCUUCAAUAUCCGUCUUCUAGGUCCAUGGAUAAGCGACCCGCAUACGAAGAGGGUACUACUAUCGACUGGCUGCGCGAAGAGGCUGCGGAACGCGAACGCAAGCGUGUCCUCCGUUCCCGACGUGGAUUCCGCGGACUGGUAGCGUUGGUGCUCGAUUCCACCAGCAUGUGGCUGGUAAUUAUCUUGACUGGUAUAGGUAUUGGCAUUGCAGGAGCUUGGUUGGAUAUUCUGGUGCAGUGGCUAGGAGACUUGAGGGAAGGACGGUGUUCACACGGCUUCUUCUACAAUCAAGUGACAUGUUGUGUGGGCGUGAAUCAAGGAGAGAUCUGCGCUGAGUGGGAGACUUGGAGUGAAUUUCUGCAUGUCAAGACGAUCUUCGUGCAAUCGCUGUUGCAAUCAACCGUAUAUACUGCUCUGGCAAUCAUAUUCGCAGGAAGUUCAGCUAUCCUUGUGAAGAGCUAUGCUCCUUAUGCGUUUCAUACUGGAAUCCCCGAGAUUAAGGCUAUUCUGAACGGAUAUGUCCUCGACGCGUUCUUCAGUCCCUGGACUCUGCUCAUCAAAGCACUGGGUCUCGCUCUUGCAGUUGCCUCUGGCUUGUCAUUGGGUAAAGAGGGUCCCCUUGUUCAUGUUUCUUGCUGCUUGGCCUACCUCUUGUCGAGGAUUUUUAAGCAAUUUCACAAUAAUGAGGCUCAGAAGCGCAAGAUGCUCAUAGCAGCAGCCGUCGCUGGCGUGUCCGUCGCUUUCGGCAGUCCCCUCGGUGGUGUCUUGUUCGGCCUCGAGGAACUUGACACCUUCUCAAAUGGGAGCGAUGUCAUGUGGCGCGGAUUCGUUGUCUCUGUCAUCGCCGCCAUGUCUCUACAAUACAUUGAUCCCUUUGGCACUGGGAAGCUAGUCCUCUUUGAAGUUACGCAAGUGACCACAGUUUGGAGAGCAUUCGAGUUGAUACCUUGGCUUUUCCUCGCAGUUAUAGGCGGUCUGCUCGGUUCUCUACUCAUCAAACUCAAUGCAGCCAUCGCCGUUUAUCGACACAACAGUAUCUUACGUCAAUGGCCACUUCUCGAAGUGGUGGGAAUUUCGGCGAUCACUGCUGCAGUGAGCUAUUUGGUGGUCUUCCUCAGGGUGCAAUCGUCAGAAUUGGUUGCGAACCUCUUCCUAGACUGCGAUGCCAGUACGGAUUAUCACGGCCUCUGCAAUCCUACUGCAAUCUCGGCCAAUGUGUUCCUUCUGAUAUUGACCGCCUUGAUUAAGGUUGCCUUGACCUCGUGGACGUUCGGGAUGAUGGUACCUGCGGGUAUCUUCCUUCCCACAAUUGCUAUUGGCGCAUGUCUUGGCCGCGCUGUUGGGUUAAUCACACAAGGUCUUCAUCGUGCCUACCCGACUGCUUGGAUAUUUUCUUCAUGUCCUCCAGAUCCAACUAUGCGUUGUAUCUCACCUGGCUUCUACGCUGUUAUCGGCGCUUCGGCUAUGCUUGGCGGUGUGACCCGAAUGACCAUCUCUUUGGUUGUCAUUGUGUUCGAGCUCACUGGCGCACUGUCUCACGUCCUGCCGAUUAUGAUCUCCGUCAUGGUCUCCAAAUGGGUGGGCGACGCCUUUGGGAAGGAGGGCAUCUACUCUAUCUGGAUCGCCAUGCGGCAGUACCCCUGGCUGCCUUCGGUGGAAUUCCGCGAUCAAGGGCAGACCGCGGCGGAUCUGAUGAAGCCUGCAGAUCAUUUAGUUGUCAUCCACGACGACGGUGACGGGUGUACACUGCUGGAGCUGGGCGAGUUUUUGGAAACGCAUAAGUUCCACGGGUUCCCGGUCGUGUAUGGUGAUCAAUUGGUUGGCUACGUCACGCGUGACCGACUGAGGGCAGCUGUAGAACCGCUUUUGGCUGAGGACAAGUCCUCCGGGGCUCCGCGCAGGUGUACCUUUCUCGUGUUGCCGGGGGCGAGUGAUUCGGAACUCGUCAAUCUAUCAACUAUGCUGGAAGAAGCGGUAUUGCAGCUGCGCAAGGAGAUGCCACUGGAGCUGGUCGUGAGCAUGUUCCAAAAGCUCAACCUACGACAAGUACUGUUAUCGCAGGGAGGACAGCUGACCGGUCUGAUCACCAAGACGGAUAUCGUGGGGUUGUUCACGGCGGAAUUCCCGUAUACCGCUGCGUUGUCGGAGAGCCACCAGUAG